CGGCCCGCCAACGGGACAGGGCGAGGCCCGCGGGAGGAGGGCUCCGCUAGUCGCCGGCCCACGUCCCCUCCCCGGCCGGGGAGGAGGGGAAAGCGAGAGAGGUCCCGGCAGAGCGGUUGGGAGAGGGAUUUGAAAGAGCCCUCUUCCUCCCCGCCCGGAGGGGAAGUGGAAAGGAGAGCCGUGGCGGGCGGCGGAGGAUGAUGAUAACUUAGGGCCGUGCCUGGCCGUGGAAGCUGGCCGUGCUGCCGGGGCGAGGCGGCUGGGAGGGCGACAGCUAUGUCCCAGGGCACGACAGGGGGAGCGGGAGCACCCCAGGUGCUGCCGGAGGGGAAGGAGAGACAGAGGAAGAGGAGGCGGAGGAAGAAGAAGGAGAAUAAGACACGGCUGGUGUGCUCCAACUUGCUAUUACCUGAGGCUGAGCUGGAGAAGUCCAAGGGCACAGUCCUGGCCUGCAACCGCCUCAAGACCACCAAGUACACAGCACUCUCCUUCCUGCCCAAGAACCUCUUUGAGCAGUUCCACCGGCUGGCCAACGUCUACUUUGUGUUCAUUGCACUCCUCAACUUCGUGCCGGCUGUCAACGCCUUCCAACCGGAGCUGGCCUUGGCCCCUGUGCUCUUCAUCUUGGCGGUCACUGCCAUCAAGGAUCUGUGGGAGGAUUACAGCCGCUACCGCUCCGAUAAGGAGAUCAACCACAUGGAGUGCCUGGUCUACAGCAGAAAUGAGAAGAAAUAUAUAAGCAGAUACUGGAAAGAAGUGAAAGUUGGAGACUUUGUGCAGCUUCGCUGCAAUGAAAUUAUACCUGCUGACAUACUGCUGCUCUCCUCAAGUGAUCCUGAUGGGCUGUGCCAUAUAGAAACAGCUAACCUGGAUGGUGAAACUAACUUAAAACAAAGACAGGUAGUGAGGAGGUUCUUAGAGCUGGACUCAGAAUUUGACCCCUUGAAGUUCACCAGUGUCAUUGAAUGCGAGAAGCCAAACAAUGACUUAAGUAGGUUUCGAGGUUACAUUGUACAUAAGAGUGGAAAAAAGGAUGGACUGUUCAAAGAAAAUCUUUUGUUACGUGGAUGUACCAUUAGAAAUACAGAAGAGGUUGCAGGAAUAGUAAUCUAUGCAGGGCACGAGACCAAAGCUUUGUUAAACAAUAAUGGACCCCGUUACAAACGCAGUAAACUUGAAAGACAGAUGAACGCCGAUGUCCUUUGGUGUGUCCUAAUACUUCUAAUCAUGUGUCUGUUUUCUGCCAUUGGUCACGGCCUAUGGGUAUGGCAAUAUGGUGAAAAGAAGAAACCAGUUUUUGAUGUUCCAGGGCCUGAUGGCAAAUACUUGUCCCCUGUUUUAGCUUCAGUAUAUUUAUUUCUGACAGUGAUCAUAGUUUUCCAGGUUAUGAUUCCGAUUUCUUUGUAUGUAUCCAUUGAAAUAGUUAAAAUCUGCCAAGUGUACUUCAUUCAUCAAGAUAAAGAUUUAUAUGAUGAAGAAACAGACACGCAGCUGCAGUGCCGAGCUUUAAAUAUCACAGAAGACUUAGGUCAGGUGCAGUUUAUCUUUUCAGACAAGACUGGGACACUUACUGAAAACAAGAUGGUUUUCCGAAGAUGCACUGUUUCUGGAAUAGAGUAUUCCCAUGAUGAUAAUGCCAAACGCUUAGCGAUGUACCAAGAACCUGAUUCUGAGGAAGACGAGGCAGCCCCAAAAGGAGGAACUCUAUCCCAGCGUGAUAGUAUCUGCAGCCAUCAGAGCAUUAAAGUAAUACACAGAAGCCAGAGCAACAAAACCCACCGGCGCACGGGUAGCAGAGCUGAAGCAAAAAGAGCAAGCAUCCUUUCAAAGCACACUGCAUUCAGUAGCCCAAUGGAGAAGGACAUUACACCUGACCCGAGAUUGUUAGAAAAGGUGAAUGAAUGUGCAAAGCAUCUGGAGGUCAUGAGAAGCCAUGAACAGCCAUUAUCCCAUCUGAGUCCAGAACUAUGUGACAUUUUUGACUUCUUCAUCGCUUUGACUAUAUGUAAUACAGUCGUGGUUACUGCACCUAAUCAGCCCCGACAGAAGGUUAGAGAUCGAUUUGAACUAAAAUCUCCAGUAAAAACUAUAGAAGACUUCAUACGAAGAUUCACUCCAAGUCGCUUGACCUCUGGCUCUAACAGCAGUAGUUCAUCUAGUCUAGCUACAAGCAAAUCAAUGCACAGAUUUGGUUUAAGUCUGCUUUCAUCUACAUCUACGGAUAGCACUUUAUUAAAACUGGAAGAGAAGCUGGCAUACUCUGCACAGAUGAAUAACAAUGGCUACAGCUCCCAGCAAGGCAGGACAACUGCACGGGGUGGACCUGAGGAAGGAGAACUCCGUUAUGAAGCAGAGAGUCCAGAUGAAGCUGCUCUUGUCUAUGCAGCAAGGGCAUAUAACUGUUCUCUGGUUGGAAGGCUGUCUGACCAGGUAUCAGUGGAGCUACCUCACCUGGGAACACUAAGUUUUGAAGUAUUGCAUACAUUGGGCUUUGAUUCCGCCAGAAAGAGGAUGUCAGUAGUGGUCAGACAUCCUCUCACAGAUGAAAUAAAUGUUUACACUAAAGGAGCAGAUUCAGUUGUUAUGGAUCUUCUUCUACCCUGCUCUUCAGAUGACCCUCGGGGCAAACAUCAAAAAAAAAUCCAAAGCAAAACUCAGAAUUACCUUAAUCUGUAUGCUGCAGAUGGACUGCGGACCCUCUGUAUUGCAAAAAGAGUUCUUAGCAAGGAAGAGUAUGCCUGUUGGUUAAAAAGUCAUUUAGAAGCAGAAUCCUCUAUUGAAAAUCGUGAGGAACGUCUGUUUCAGUCAGCACUGCGGGUAGAGAAGAAUCUGCAUCUGCUAGGUGCAACUGGCAUUGAAGACCGUUUACAGGAUGGUGUUCCAGAAACCAUAGCAAACUUGCGUAAAGCUGGGUUGCAGAUUUGGGUUCUUACUGGAGACAAGCAAGAAACAGCUGUUAAUAUUGCAUACGCCUGCAAGCUACUGGAUCACGAUGAAGAAAUCAUCACUUUGAAUGCUGAAUCACCAGAGACAUGUGCUGUCUUGCUGGAACAGUGUCUGCAAUGCGUAGAGUCUAAGUUUUCAAACAACAUUAUAGACGAAGCUACUGGAAACAUGACUGUUGGGUUCACCCCUCUCUAUCCACCCUCUUCCCCUGUGCUUUCCAGCUUGGGCCUAGUGAUCGAUGGAAGGACUCUAGCUUAUGCCCUGGAACCUGCACUAGAAGAUAAAUUUCUCACACUAGCCAAGCGAUGCCGUUCAGUACUGUGUUGUCGCUCUACUCCACUCCAAAAGAGCAUGGUAGUGAAACUAGUCAGAGACAAACUCAAAGCAAUGACCUUGGCAAUAGGUGAUGGUGCUAACGAUGUCAGCAUGAUACAAGUGGCAGAUGUUGGUGUGGGGAUAUCUGGGCAAGAAGGCAUGCAGGCAGUGAUGGCGAGUGACUUUGCAAUCCCAAGGUUCCGGCAUUUGGAGAAACUGUUACUUGUUCAUGGUCACUGGUGUUAUUCCCGACUUGCCAACAUGGUGCUGUAUUUCUUCUACAAAAAUGCAAUGUUUGUGGCCCUUCUCUUCUGGUACCAGUUCUACUGCGGGUUCUCUGGAUCAUCAAUGGUUGAUCAAUGGUAUCUCAUCUUCUUUAAUUUACUCUUCUCAUCUCUUCCACAACUGAUUACUGGUGUGCUGGAUAAGGACGUGCCAGCUGAAGUGUUAAUUGCUGUGCCUCAGCUUUAUAAAAGCGGCCAGAAUAUGGAGGAGUACCAACCACACAUGUUUUGGAUGAACAUGAUUGAUGCUAUGUAUCAAAGCCUGGUUUGCUUCUUCAUCCCCUAUUUUACUUACUAUGAUUCGGAGGUGGAUAUCUUCUCCUGGGGAACUCCUAUCACUACAAUAGCUCUUUUCACCAUCAUCUUGCAUCUGGCUAUUGAAACCAAAACUUGGACUUUUCUCCACUGGUCAUCUUGCAUCUUCAGUAUCCUCUUAUUUUUCUUUGUGGCUCUGGUUUACAAUGCUUCCUGCCCAGUAUGUCAUCCUCCAUCCAAUCCCUACUGGACUAUGGAAAGGCUGAUGGGAGACCCUAUGUUCUAUUUCACUUGCAUUAUAUCACCAGUCAUUGCAUUGCUGCCCAGAUUUCUGUACAGAACCCUUCAGGGAACACUUUUCCCAAGCCAGCUUCAGCUUGGACGCCAGCUGAGUAAACUGUCCCCAGAGAUUCGCACCCAGCUUCUGACCAAGUUGAAUGUAAAAGGAACAGUAUGUCAGACACAACCCUUUGCAGUCAGCUUCUCACCAAGCCUUCGCUCAAACACUAGUGAUUGUUAUAAGGCUUACGACCAAAGCACACCUUUGUCAGCAUGUCUUCAAACAAGUGAGUCACUCUUCCAAGAGUACCCAAAGGCAGCACAUACAACUGAUCAGACUGUGGCUGCCUCUCCCCAGGGUUCUGUGUUGUAUGGGGAAAACAAAUUCCCCUCAUCAACAGGUAAUCUAGAAAGGUCCAUGGGAUUUCAUGAAGUUAGACACAGCACUUCAGAGGUGGAGUCAUUGCCUGUGGGAGCAACAUUCCCAUGGAGCUCAGCAGUCAACCAAGCAGAUUUCAGUUUGUUGAAGUGGAUCACAUCAACUCCGUUGUUCAGUCGUAUUGGGACUGUUUUACAGGUGUCAUCGAGCAGUUUACAGAAUGAAACACAGGACAGUAUGCAUGUGCUUGGCUCUUCUUUGCAUAUGGACUUCAAAGGCUUAAAAGAACAGAGCUCAAAUAACUUGCAGGACAAAAUGAAAGGGUCCUCAUGUGAUCUUUGUAAAAGUGACAAUUCUGAGACCACCUUUUUAUGACAUGGGCCUUAAAUAUAUUUAUAUAUUUUCUAUUUGCACACAUUUAUAAUGAGAUUAUUUGUUUCCAAAGAUGAAACAGAAAAUCAAAGGUACAGAAUGAUUAUUUAAGAAUGUUUAAAUACAGUAUAUUGAAAUAAGAGCUUUAAAUAUAAAAAAAAACACUUGAAAGUUCCAUUUAUAUUGUUUUAUUUUUUCAUCUCAUUUUGUAAGGAAAUGCUGUCUUUUUAUUUUUCAGAUGCUUCUCUUUUUAUUCUGACACAUACUGUAAAAGCAAGGGACCUAUCUACCAUAUACAAAAGGGUUAGAUUCAGCAAUAAUUACUGAUAUCAUCAUAGGCCAUUCAGUUAUCAAGGAGGAAAAACCAUGAUAAUAAACAGGCACUGUAUUACAUCCGUCAUCUGCUUGCCAAGGUGUUUUGUCACUGGAUCAAACUAUUAGGCAAGACUAUCAAAUCAUUAUACACGUCUCUGUAAAUGUUAACAGUAUCUUACCAUCACAUUAAUAAUACUGGUAUUUUAUAAGUGACACCAUAUUUUGAUAUUGCAGCCGUAGCAUUUUAUGCGUCAUGAUUAAACAAUAAAUAAAUGACCAUCCAUAUUGCAAAGUGAAUUCCCAGUCUGGCAUUAAUAGUAAUUCAACCCUUCACUUCAGAGUAGCUCAUAUUUGGCCAGUCACAGCAUUACAUCAGGCUGAUCUAUUUCUGAAGUAAAGCUGCUGCUUGUUUGUGAGGAAUGAUUUGGUGGCAAAGAGCUGAUGCAUUGUGUCCACUGUAGAGUGUGAGCAGGGAGGGUCUGUGAUCUUCUAUGCUGGAGCACUACCACAGGUAGGCUAGUUUUGCUGGUCAGUCCUUGAUAGCGGUGGGGCAGAGCACAGGCAGGGUGGAGUUUUGUAGGCACAUUCACUGCUGUUUCAGCCAGGUUAAAUCAAGUCCUUGGUGAUCAGGAAGGGGCAUGACCAGCUGUGAGGGUGCAGUGCUGUGCAGAGGUACUUCAGCCUAGUUCCAGUCCCAAAAGUAAGAAGCUGCACUGCUCUCUGAGGUUAUGCCUGAGCCGACAUCAUGUGCUUUUAAAUCACGAACUGCCACUGGUACAUGGAUGUGCAGUUGCACUGUGCAAGCCUGGUGGAUCUCAGGGGGAUUUAGCCCUGAACGGCUGCUUAGUUCUUUCCUAUCAUCUAGUCACUAUGACCAUGUACAUAUUAGCUGCUGCACUUUUUCGUUUCCUCAUUGCAGGUUUUCAGAUGGCCUUUUGCUUCCUUGCCUUCGGUCCUGUAAAGCCAGAAUUUGUUUGUGCAGCCUGCCUCCCACAUGGGUUGCUUCAGCCCAUCAGGCCACAGUGCCAACCCACUUGCUAACCUACUCAGGAUCUUUUUUCCCAAAGAUUUACACACUGGCCUCCGUCCCAGAAACAGAAUUGAUAAUGUGAAACUGUAAAAUGCCAAUGAAGGGAAGAGAUGAAAGCAAUCUAAGUAAGAGCUGUCAGCCUGUAUUUACCCUCACGAUACAUGACAUUCACAUGUAGCUACACUGCAUUGUGGGAUUAGAAUUGAGUAGGGACAGGGCAGAGAUGCUAACAGAUUUACUCUCCCAGUCUCCAGUGAAUAGUUUUAAGCAUGUGAUUGAUUAAAAAAGUAUCUGAAGCAUAACUUCUUCCUUUAGCCUCUAGUUAAAGGGUAACAAGGCUUUAUAUGUCUAUAUUUUAAUGAAGGAAAGCAUGCCUGUUGACUCUUUUGUUACUGGCUGAAAACAUUUUGACAUUUCUCUGCUUUAUAUUGUGACAGAAAUGGGGAACUAAUAAUGAGCACUCGGUUUCCAUGAAGGUAGGUAGGCAUCUGCCCUGUUGGUGCCAACAUGAGCUGGGAGCUGCUGAGGUGUGCAUCCUGACACACACUCUAUAUAGCAGGGCAGAGUCCCAGGCCCUCACAGAACUUGUUUCUCUCCACUUGCUGGAAAGACAGCCUGCCGACUCAGCUCCCUGUCUGUGCAAGUGUCUCUGGCUGGGUGAGGCAGCUCCGAGGUUAGACAUCUCUGCUUGCUCUACCAACGUUUUCGUUCUCAAUAGUAGCUCUGCUGGGAUGACUUUGCAGGUGGCUUUUUGCAAGGUUAUCUGGCUGUAUUUAAGGCAAACUGUGCAGAGAUUGCCGUUGUAAGUAACUCGCCUGUGUGGAGCUCCAGUGCCUUUUAAUGUCAAGGAGGAAAUCGAGUGACACUUUGAAAUGUGUAAAUGUUGCCAUCUGGUUAGAAACGUUCUGCUUGUAAGACAGGAUCUCACAGAAGGACACAGUAUCAGAUACCAGGUAGGCAGAGUUCGCAGGUUUGUGAGACGUUAAAUUCUGUCUGCGUUGUGGGGUCGCAUGAGGAGCUUGCCAUGUAUAUCAUACGUGAGUGCCCUCCCUUUUCCUGCAGCAGCCCCAGCAGGCAGGUGGGGCUCUCUCGAUGUUGACUCCUCCUCGUCUUUCCACAGCAUGUUUGGUUCCCACAGGCCUUCAUGGGACUUUGCCUGGUGCUGGCAGCAGAAAGGGCUGGAACAUCACUGGGCUUUGGCUCAGAGCUGUAUAAUCGCCUCAAAAGGAACCUCAAUUCCUCGCUAGCCGUGCCUCCGUGAUACCAGAUUCAGGUGGUUGUGCUUUCAGUGUUCCAAAGACUGUUUGCGUAGGUAACAAUAAAAGGGUUCCUCUGAGACUGAGAAAUGCUCGUACACUGCCAGAGAGUUGUGUUAAGUUGCCACUGUGAGUGUGAGAGUAGUACAUCUGUGUUAAAUAUUUAGGGAAACUAUAGAUCUGAAUCCUCAGCUGCUGCAAUCAUCAUAGCCCCUCUGGUCUCUGCAAGCUGACUUACCACAGCUGGGCGUCAGCCCUCAAUAACUGCUGUAUUUUGUUGCAAAAUCAAAAAUCCUUAGAGAUAUAUUAAAGUGUAAAUGCUUCCUUCAUACUAGAAGAUCUUCAUACUAGAAGUGUCUUCAUUACAGCAGCAGCCUGCAAACUUGUAUGAAUUUAAUCUCAAAUAGACCAAAUAAUCCUGCUGACCUUAAUGGAGCAGUGGCCUCAGCCGGAUUGCUUGUGUCCAUGCAGGUAGAUGGGAAGCUGUGCCACACUGAAGCCUUCAUGUGCCAAAACUAGACGUCAAGAUACAUAGAGGCACAGCAGGAUGUCAGCAAGCAAGGUGUCUCCAUUUUCUUCUGGGAGAUACGUUAUAAUAUAAAUAAAAUGUAAUUUAAACCACAAUUUGGAGGGGGGAGGAAACAAAUUUAGACAUUUGGAAAGAAAAUGUUAAGCAAACUAAUUCUUUUCAUUUCAAAUCACUUUUGUCUUCAGCUGCCAGAAGAAAAACACAUCAAAGCAAGUUACUUGCUGGGCUUUAGGGCUUGUCAACAUUUUGAGGCUGCUAUUGAUAUCUGAAACAUUUUAACUAAACAAAUACUAAUGGGUUUUUGAAGGUGUAUACAUCAAUUUUCAUAAUACAGAAAUAAACUUGUACAGUUA